UACACAAAUCUAAUAGCAAAGACUAAUUGGGGCUUGUACAUUUUUUUUCAUUUUAUUAUUUAUUUUUUAUUUUAUUUGAUGAAAAUAUUGCUAUAAGACUGAUUUGAAAAUUUAAAAACAGAGUAACAAAAUGACAACAACAAAAAACACCCUGGUUUUUUACCUUCAACAAUGUAAGAGUCACUCUUUUUCUUUUUUUUUUAAUAUAUUUUUCUUUGAUUACGUCAGGUCUUAGUUGUGGUAUGCAGGCUUAGUUGCUCCACCGCGUGUGGGAUCACAGUUCCCCAACCAGGAUGGAACCCAUGUCCCCUGCAUUGCAAGGCAGAUUCUUUACCACUGGACCACCAGGGAAGUCCCGAGAGUCCCUCUUCUAAACCAGAGGAUUAGCAAGCUGGGAAAGUGUCACCAAUGAAGUGCCAACUGGGCACUGCAGUAGCUGAAAUGCGAAAAAGGCAGCAGUCACAGAAUGAAGAAACACCUGCUGUGUCUCAGGCACCUGGAAACCAGAGGCCCAACAACACGUGUUGCUUUUGUUGGUGCUGCUGCUGCAGCUGCUCCUGGAAUGAAGAAAGAGGGGAAAAUGCAGGAAGACCCACGCAUACCACGAAGAUGGAGAGUAUCCAGGUCCUAGAGGAAUGCCAAAACCCCACUUCAGAUGAAGUCUUGUCCUGGUCUCAAAAUUUUGACAAGAUGAUGAAGGCCCCGGCAGGAAGAAACCUCUUCAGGGAGUUCCUGCGAACGGAAUACAGUGAGGAGAACCUACUUUUCUGGCUUGCCUGUGAAGACUUAAAGAAAGAGCAGAACAAAAAAGUAAUUGAAGAAAAGGCCAGGAUGAUAUAUGACGAUUACAUUUCUAUACUCUCACCAAAAGAGGUCAGUCUCGAUUCUCGAGUUAGAGAGGUGAUCAAUAGAAAUCUGUUGGAUCCUAAUCCUCACAUGUAUGAAGAUGCCCAACUCCAGAUAUAUACCUUAAUGCACAGAGAUUCUUUCCCCAGGUUUUUGAACUCUCAAAUUUAUAAGUCAUUUGUUGAAAGUACUGCCAGCUCUACUUCUGAAUCUUAAUUUUUAUUAAAGAAAAUCAUUUUGGAGGGCUGCGAUGAGAAAUAAAAGUAGUUACGUAACACCUGAAACUGAGUUCCUGGAGAACUACAGUUUAGCAAUCCUCAGGCUACUGUGAAAAUACAACCAUAUGGUCUUUGUCUCCAUUUUUAUCAAGGUUUAUCCGUGGUUACUUUGGAGAAAAUACCACAUAAAACAAUGAAUUGCCAAAUUAAGUUUAUUUCGUUGAACACGCAUUCAUUCUACUUGCAAGCAAACUGUAUUUGUAGUCCUAUGAACAGUCUCCUAGUGUGCCCAGAGACUGCAUGUGCCAAGUAAACCCGCUUCAUUUGCCAUUUAGUUGUUGCAACACUUAAAUCCAAAUGGCAUAACUUAUAUCUGUAUUUAAGGACUUUUGUGCAAUAUGGUCUUAUAGAAAUAAUUGCCCAAAAGUUGGCUGUGGUUUGCAUUUUUAAAUAUACUCUAAGACAGAAAAAGCCAAUUUUAAAAUUGUAACUCUGAUAGUCAACAUGCUAUAUACUGUGUUCAGUACACUAACUUUGAAGCCAAUAUUUCUGUACAUGAAAAAAGAGCUAUUUAUCUCUGUUUGUUGGAAAAUCCCCAUGGGGAAUUCCUCUGGUUGUUCACUGCCAAAACUGUGGCAUUUUCAUUACAGAAGAGUUUGCUAUGUAAAAAAUAAUAUAUACAUAUAUAUAUGAGGAAAAAAGAAAAAAGCACAAAACAAUUUGAAGAUGUUCUAUCUCAAUGACAAAUCAAAGAGUGAUAUUGUUUUUAGUUGUAAUAGAAGAAAAUGAAUCUAUGUAUAUACCAGAUGUCCAAUACUGUAAUUAAUUUAUUAAAUUAAACUGGCUCUCCAGUUCUAAAAUGGUUGCAUAAAGUAUGUACUUUAGCAAGAAAAAAAAAAGCUUGAUAACUUAGUUUUGGAAUAUAAAGAAAAGAUUUAAUAAAGGAAUGCCUAUAUGUAGCAUCUUAAAACUUUGGAUGAAUAGCAUCUGGACUGUGGCAUAUUUUCGUUGAAAGUGAAAUCCAGUAAAAGCUAAGGUUUUUAACGAAGAAAAGUUUUAUAGGGGUUCUUUAGAAGAUAAUUCUCUACUUCAGACCUUAACUGUUUUCACGUAGUAUCUUAAAAAUAACUUAUUUAAAAUAUGUUAAAACCAAACUAUUAAUUCUCAUCCCUAAUUGAAAGGCAGAACAGUGCUCAAAUGUUUUAGCUGCCAUAUUAUUUUUUUAUAAGUACCACUAAAUCUUUUAAGACAAAAAAUACUUGCCUGACCUUGGCAUGUACUUUUGACAUUCAAGGAAACAGUAUCCUGUCGUGCACACACAAACAACAGUGUCAUAUUUAUAUCAAAGUGUUACAUUUGAAUAUUAAUAUCCCCUGGAGGCUAUUUUUUUAAUCUUAAACUUAAUAAGUAUAAUAUUGAGUAACCUAAAAUGAAAGUUUUAGAAAUAUUUAUAUCCACUAAGAAUACUGGCCUUAUAUUAAGGAUGAUAUUAAAAUUAUAAGUUUCCUUUGUCAUUUUUUAACUACCUCUCAUUUUUUUAAUUUAUUAAACUUUUUUUAAGAAAAACAAGUUUGGGGUUUUCUUUUUAAAAUUUACUUUACUUGAAAGGUUGGCAUCGUAAUUUUCUUUUUCCAUAAAGUUAAACAUUUCAAGAAUUUUUUUAUGUGAAUUUGAUUUUCUAAUUUGUAUAGCAUUCAGGAGAUAUGAUUAAAAGGGCUAUAAUCUUCCCUAUGCAAAUAUUUUAACUGUUGCAGUGUUUGACAAAAUGGGAUUAAAAAAAAAAAAGUUUGCAGAGUAGAAAACAAAGCAUUCUGUUUACACUGGCGUUGCUGACUAUCCUACCGUAUUCAGCACUUUUAAAUACAUUCUUUAUGAAAAUGUAGUUAAAAUAUAAGAUAGAAAAUAUUUAUAAUAAACAUUUCUUUUAACAAAUGCCUGUUUUUGUCUGAAAGUGUUAGUGUUAAGACAUGCUUUAUCCAUGUCAAUUAAAUAUUUACUGUUUGAAUAAUAGUUUUCAGUAACAUAGUGGGAAAAGAGAGCUAUGAAGAUGUUUACAAAAAGUCAUAUUUUUUUCCUAACGAGUGAAGAAAAACCUAAAAGAAUCAUCACUUCUAUCGUGAAGUUUAUUGUUCCUAAAUUAUUUUUUUCUUGAUUAGAGUUGAGUUUGUUAUGCUACAAUGAUGUAUACACAUAUAUGUUGUAAUAUCACAUUUGUUCCUGUGUUUGAGGCACAAUGUAUGGUAUACAUGACUAGAAAAUAUGUAAUAUACGAUACACCGCAUGAAUCAAAUUUUUUAAGUGUAGACUUUAUAUUCUUGUUGUUACUAUAUAUGAUGGUGACCUGCUAGUCAUAAGUUAUCUUUAUAAGAUACUUUGGACUAUUAGAUGAAUUGUCUGUUUGACAAUACUUUUAAUAUUUUACCAAAUGUAAAAGAUAGGGCCCUUAUAAAGAGUCCUAAUCUCUAACCCGGGGCAUUUGUAGAAUACAGAUUUUGAAGCUGAUAUACCCUUUUGAAACCUGAUUAGAAAUGUGUUGAGAAUGAGUCUAGGGUAGAUUUACACAUCAAAUAUCGAUACCACACUAUGUGAGGACCUCUGUGCUAAAUUCCUAUUUUCAGGGGAGGGGAGAGCAACUCUUUUAAUUUCAAAAUGUUUUAAGUGUAUCUAACAGUAUGUCUAUGUAUCUGCAACUCUACCAAUUUUUAAAGUAUGGUGUAAUUCUUUCUGUUUUAAUUACAGAGCUAUAAUAAACAAACAAAAAAGCCCUCAACUGGUGUCUAUGCUACCAUUCCAAGAGCACAAUAUUUGUUUUGGUAGAGUUUGAUUUUUUUCUAGAGAGUAAGUUCCUCCCUGAGGAAAAAUUAGCACUUUAGAAGGUACACUUUAUGUUUUACAUUACCAAGAUAUCUUUGUAUACUGUUAGAAUCUGCUAAUGUACACAGAAAGAGGUUAAUGCUCUUUAAAUAAUGCCUAAGUUCAGAUGUGUCUAUAAUGGAAAGAAAAGUAGAGGAUAUAGGUCAUAUAUAAAUAUACAUAUAUAUUUAUAUAAAUUGGAGACAUUUGUUCAGAGAUGCAUUUUGAACUUAGAUCACAUUAAAAAUGAAUGGGUGAUGCUUCUUUACUUUGAAUAAUUGUUAUUACGUUACCCAAAGGUAGUACAGAUAUCCCAGCAGUGUUAUAGGGCAGCUCUAAGCUCAGUAGGUGCACAGGCAAAAGAACAAUAGCAAAACACAAUUUUGAUAUCAACACUAUGAAGUGCAAAAGUUAAGACCGUAAUGUCACUUUUUUUAAUCUUAAAAUAUGUACAUAAGAUGACCAGUUGAUAUUUGGUCAUAUGCAUGGGGUGUUUAUUAGUAUCCUUUCAUGCUGCCUAGGUUGUUAGUGUGGAAUGAAAUGUGUAUCAUGUAUUUACCUGAGAGUUCAGUUUUGCAAAAGGACUAUAGAAAUAGGUAAAUAGUAUUUAUUUAUUAGGGGCAAAAAUACACUUUCACCCCAUUAAGCUGAUUUAAAAUAAUACCUGAUUCUUAUUUUUGAAUGUAUCCUUUUUUUUCUAUACACUUUUAACUUAUACUGAAGAAAUAUGUCAUAUUAUAGUUGUAACAAACUACAUUUACAAAAUGGCAAUAUACCAGAUGCUUUGAGGAAGAAGUAUGCAAGGAAGAAAUUUAAAAUACAGUCAGAAAAUACAAAAUAAGCCACCUAAAAAGUCUAUGGAUAGGGCCCUAUCAAACACAAGCUUUGAAAACUUUGCAUUAGAUGGCAAAUUAUUUUUAAAAGUGGGAAAGAUAUUUCUAGAAUUGUUUUUGUACCUGUAUUUAUACUGACACUUUAUGACCUUAGUUUUCAAAAUAUAACUUGCAAACACUUUGUAUGCCCUUUUCAGUUUUUUUUUUUAAAUCUCUGACCAAUAUAAAAUGUUUGUUCUUCUGAGAAAACAAUCCAUAAAAAGUUUAGUUAUUACAACUGCAAAUAUUUACCAAUGAAACUGAUAUAAAAAACUUGUUUCAGAUCUUCCUUGCAGCAGUCUUAGUAGUAUCCUUGUAACACACAACAAUCCACAGAGGGAUACAUUUUCUUUCCAAAUACCAGGCUUUAAUUAUAAAUUUGUCUUCCAGUUAUACUUCUGUCUCAUGUGACUUUGGGCAAAUCAUUUAUCCUCUCUGAACCUGUUUCUUUCUCUUCAAAUGAAGAAUAUAAAAAUUUACAGGAUUGCCAUGAGAAUGAAUUAAACAUAGAAAGAAUGAAGUGUUACAUAUUAUUAUAUCAAAGUUCUCUAGCUCAGUAAUUCCCAUUUCAAGAAUGUAUGCAUUAACUGCCUUCAAUGCACUUGCCAAGAUUUUUUUGAAACUGUACUUUAAAAAUCUGAUUGAAUUGUUCAUUCAAAAAAUACAAUCAAGCUCAUUUUAAGACAGAAGAAUAUAUGAAUAUGUUAUUGCUUUGUUCAAUAAUGUGAUUCAAAAUCACUGUUCUCAGUUCACCAACAUCACACUCAAUCUACAAACAAGAAAUGUUUCUUUCAAUGACACACACACAGAUAUAUUUAGAUGUGUAUAUGCAGAUGUGUGAGUGUGUGUAUAAUAUUGUAGGUUUAAAUCAAAGUUUAAGAGAAAUCAUUUGAAAAUUUAAAUUCCACAGGAAAUAAACAUUCCCAAGCACAGGAAGAAUUUUUCAGUUAAUCUGCCAAGUAUAUAUGUAGGAGUUAGAGCUAAAACCCAAGUUAAAAAAGAUAGCCAGUAGAAAACAUUGACACUGCCAUGGAAUAGAAAGCAUGCUUUUUACUAUUAAGGUAGUAUGAUUUUUAAAAUAAGUUUAUCACGAAAGUAAGAGAAUAAAAGGUAGUUGUGUGUUCAUAAAAUUUUUUAUUAAACUUUUUAUUUUAGAAUAGUUUUAGAUUUACAUAAAAAUUGAAAAGAUAGUACAGAUAGGAUCCAUACAUGUCACACCCAUGAAAUAUUUGUCACAAUAAAUGAACCGAUACAUGCAUGUUCAGUCGCAAAGUCCCGUCCAACUCUUUGCAACCCCAGAGACUGUAACCCACCACUCCUCUGUCCAUGGGAUUUUUUUCAGGCAAGACUAUUGGAGUAGGUUGCCAUUUCCUUCUCCAGUGAACCAAUAUCAAUGCAUUAUUAAGUCCACACUUUAUUCAGAUUCCUUUAUUGUUGUUCGGUUGCUCAGUCAUGUCCGACUCUUUGAGACACCAUGGACUGCAGCAUGCCAGGCUUCCCUGCCCUUCUUUGCUUUUCAUAAUUUUUUUUUUUCCUGUUCCAGGAUUCUGUUCAAGAUAUGGUAUUAAUUUAGUCAUCAUGUUACCCUCUUAGCUAUGAUGUUUUCUCAAACUUCUCUUGUUUUUGAUAACCUUGGCAGUAUUGAGGAGUUACAGGCCUAGUAUUUUGUAAGAUGUCCCUCAACUGGAAUUUUUCUGAUCAUUUUCCCAUGAAUAGACAGGUGUUAUCAGAUUUUGGAGGAAAGACCACAGAAGUGCCAUUCAUUAUCACAUCAUAUCAAAGGUACAUACCAUCAUCAACAUGACUUAUUGUUGAUGUUGAACUUCAUCGUCUGACUGAGGUAGUGUCUGUUAGAUUUUUCCACUGUAAAGUGAUACAUUUUUUACGAGGGUAUUUUGGAGGUAGAUUUACUGGACAUUUACACUGAGAUAAUACUCAGAGCAGAUUCCUCAGCACUGCUAUCAGUUUCCACUAAAUGACUGCUGACAAACACUAUGAAGAAAAUAUAAUGAACUGGAAAUUGAUAUAGGAAAGUAAAACUCCAAAAUAGUGUUAACUUGAAUAUGCACUUAAUGGGGGUGAAAGUGAAUUUCUUCUCUUGAAUUACAUGUAUAAUUACCUUAAUCCUCUACGUCUCUUGGGUAGUGAAGAUUUUAGUCCUACUGUCUUAAAAGGUAAUCUCAAUUGAUGGUCAUUUUGGUGAGUUCUUUUCUAUAUUGCCUUUCACUGAACAAUGAACACCGAAUACUGGAAUAAUGUAAGACUUGAUUUUUUCUGUCUUGCUUUAACCUAUUUGUCAUAAAUACAAUGUUUCUUGUAUAUGAUUUUAAGAUGUUUGCUAAAUAUUAAAAAUAAUUUCAAUGUGUUCGAUUCUUGUAAAAUUUAUCAUAUUGAACAUGUGUAAAUUUUUGCUACUAUGUUCAUUGUACUUAAUAAUCUAUAUCCGUAUUUUGGAGUUGAUCAAUAUUUAUUAGUGGACCAUAAAGAAGUUUUGAAUGCAUGAAUAUAACUUGAGAUACCAUGCUUGGUUAUUUUGAAAUGCCAAAAUAACUGUAGGUACUUAUAAAUUGAAUAGAUAAUCCAGAUUAUUUUUCCUCUAAAUUAAGUUGUUUUGGGUUUUUAUUCCUCCUUCCUUGAAUCUAUUUUAUUAUUUUUACCUAUGUACAAUAAGACUUCCUGAAAAUGCUAGAAUUUUCAACAUAUAAUAGAAGUUGAGCAUGAGAAUAAUGUAAGAAAAUUCAGAAAUCUCAAACAGUAUAUAUCUUUGACUUUUCAAAGUAAAUCAAACUACAGCUGUUUUCAUUUGACUACACUGUGGACACCCAUGGAUAUUACUGUAAAACACACAUGCAUUACACACUGACUUUUUUUUAAAUGUUUUGAAUUAAUAAAGAAUUCACCUAUGUAUCCUUA